GGACUGGCGCCGGGUUUCCCGCGGCCCGAGCUGGUGAGGGAGGAGGGGAGUCCUUCUUAAAGGGCCAGCCCAUGCGCGUUCUUUUGUUCCGGGGCGGCAGGGUGGGGCAGGCCCAACUUUCUUCGUCUUCUGGUUUUCUUUCUCGAACGGCCAUGAUUUCCCAGUUCUUCAUCCUGUCUUCCAAGGGGGACCCUCUCAUCUACAAAGACUUCCGCGGGGACAGUGGUGGCCGAGAUGUGGCUGAGCUCUUCUACCGGAAGCUGACGGGACUGCCUGGAGACGAGUCCCCGGUUGUCAUGCACCACGAUGACCGACAUUUCAUUCACAUCAGACACAGCAGCCUCUAUUUGGUGGCCACCACUUCUGAAAACAUUUCUCCCUUCAGCCUUCUAGAGCUGCUGUCCCGGUUAGCCACUCUCUUGGGGGACUACUGUGGCUCCCUCAGCGAGGGGACCAUCUCUCGCAAUGUGGCUCUUGUCUAUGAACUCCUGGAUGAAGUGUUGGACUAUGGUUAUGUUCAGACAACGUCCACAGAGAUGCUGAGGAACUUCAUCCAGACAGAAGCCGUGGUCAGCAAGCCCUUCAGUCUGUUUGACCUCAGCAGCGUUGGCUUGUUUGGGGCUGAGACACAACAGAGCAAAGUGGCCCCUAGCAGUGCAGCCAGUCGCCCUGUCUUGUCCAGUCGCUCUGAUCAGAGCCAGAAGAAUGAAGUUUUUUUAGAUGUGGUCGAGAGAUUGUCUGUACUGAUAGCAUCUAAUGGCUCACUGUUGAAGGUGGAUGUGCAGGGAGAGAUCCGGUUGAAGAGCUUCCUUCCCAGCGGCUCUGAGAUGCGCAUUGGCUUGACAGAAGAAUUUUGUGUGGGGAAGUCAGAACUCAGAGGGUACGGGCCAGGAAUUCGGGUUGAUGAGGUUUCAUUUCACAGCUCAGUAAACCUGGAUGAGUUUGAGUCUCAUCGGAUCCUUCGUUUGCAGCCACCCCAGGGUGAGCUGACUGUGAUGAGGUACCAACUCUCCGAUGACCUCCCCUCCCUGCUUCCCUUUCGGCUUUUUCCCUCUGUGCAGUGGGACCGAGGCUCAGGCCGGCUCCAGGUUUACCUGAAGUUACGGUGUGAUCUGCCCCCAAAGAGCCAAGCUCUUAAUGUCCGACUGCACCUUCCUCUGCCACGAGGGGUGGUCAGCCUGUCUCAGGAGCUGAGCAGUCCAGAGCAGAAGGCAGAGCUGGGGGAAGGAGCCCUUCGCUGGGACCUGCCCCGGGUACAGGGAGGCUCUCAACUCUCAGGCCUUUUCGAGAUGGACGUUCCAGGCCUGCCAGGGCCUCCCAGCCACGGGCCCUCCACCUCAGCUCCUCCGCUGGGGUUGGGCCCCGCAAGCCUCUCCUUUGAACUCCCCCGGCAUACAUGCUCUGGCCUCCAGGUUCGCUUCCUCAGGCUGUCCUUCAGGCCCUGCAGCAAUGCCAACCCCCACAAGUGGGUACGCCACCUAAGCCACAGUGAUGCCUAUGUCAUUCGGAUCUGAGGCUCCCCAAGUACAGACACAGGCGGCAAAGGCAACAAGCGGUCAAGAAGAGGACGAUAUUUUCUUUCUUGGCAUCUUGGCCUAUAGCCCUAAAUUUGAGCAGGAAGAGUCUUAAGGCCAGGAGGCCUCCAUGGAUUCACCCUUCCAUGGUAUCUGGCAAAAGAAGGCUCAGGACUUACAAAUCAAACUUUUAUUCUGAGGAACUGACUGUAAAGUAUCUAAAAAGAAAGUCAUGUGGGAGAAGCAGCCUACUACUUCUUCCAGCCGGCGUGCGUGUGUGCAUGUGUAGGAAUCCGUGGAGGAGGCAGCCAACAGAUGGAUGACAUUGUCAGGGAACAGGCUGAGGGGAGCCUGACCCAGGGGGUUGAGAGCCAUUAGCCUUUGGAGUCCCUGGAGCUGGAGGGGGGCUGUCCCCAGCCUCCUGUUUCCCUCCACAGAGGGCACUGCCCCCAAGUGGUGAGGGGGAAGAUGAUGAGGGAGGAACUGGAGAGGCAUGGGAUGGGGGGCCUCCCUUACCCUCCCCUGCUGGGGGGAGCGAGACGACAAUGUACUUCUGGACACUGCCAGGGCCAGUGGGGGUGGUACUGGGUGGGGCAGUGGUGGCAGUGGAGACCAGCUUGACAAUGGGCUGCACACUGGGGACUGUGGUGGUGACUGGAGAGGUAGUGGUGGAGCCUGAGCCAGGGGCUGAGGUGCUGAGGGACAGGACCUGGGGGAGAAAAGAAUGCAGUGCCAAUCACCUUGCACCUUCCCACUUCCCCAAAGGCCUAAGGGGGAUAGGGCACGAGCUUCCCUGUGAACAGUGUCCAUCCUCAAGAAACUUUAGACUACUGCCAGCUUGAGGCCUUCAAGACCCUGGCAAGUAGUACUUCCAUGGGCACAGAAGGGACUGAGCUCUACUCUGGGGCCUCCCCAAGGGGCUCUGAAGGGACAUAUCCCUGUCCCAGUCUCCACAUACCUGCUGGGUGGAUGAGGCACUGGAGGAAGAAGACAUUACGAUAAACUUGGUUGGAGGAGGAGAAGGCUGAGGUGGGGCAGCAGCUCGAGCAGACACCAGUGUCUGGACGGGCAGUGCAAUGGAGCCAGGGACCUUCAGUAAGCCUGGGGUCCGAGGGCCAGGCUGAGGGGCCUGUGAGAGGGUCAGCGUGGGCCGGGGCUGCAAGACGGAGAGGCAAGAAGAAAAUGUCAACACCCAAGUAAAAGAAUGGCCUAAGGAAGACUUGUAUUGCUCCUGAUCUUUCUCAGUAGUUCUCACGGGUUGGGGCAUCCUUCACUAGGGGGCCCAGACUCCCCAAGACUUUUGUCGACUUGACCUGCAUGUGCAUGUGUCUGUGAAUCCCAUCCCCAGAUCCUUCUUAAUUUCCUCUCACCCUCCUCCCCUUAGCAACUGACCUGUGUGAUGGUCAGUGUGGUCCUGUUGACCUGCUGUGCCUGCAGAGCAGCUUGAGCCCGGGCCUUGACCACAUGGGAGCAGAGAAGGGGCCCAAGGGACCCAAAUUCUGCCCGAUAGGCAUCCUGAUUGUCAGGUGGGGGGUGCAGCUUAGCCAGUACAGGGGCACAGUGUUUCUACAAAGAGAAGGCAAAAGAGGGAAGGCUAGUAAUCUCAGAAGAGCAAGGGGGAAGGGGUGAGAAUCACCCAUACAUUUCAGGGUGCCCCUAUUGGAGACAAAACUAAGGAAUUCCAUCUGUAAGGAAUACUGUGGUUCUCCCUCAUAAGGAAACAGCACCAACUAGUGUGAAUGAAGGACUUGCUAUAUUUGCUUUGUAUAUAUGACAUCUAAGGGGUACUUGACCGAUAGGUGUGCAUUUGCCUUGUAGAUGGGCCCUACAGUGAUAUAGAAAGAAGCUUGGAGGUGGGGGUAUCAUUACAAAUCAGGAAAAGCCACAGGAUAUGUUAAGAGCCCCUAAAUCUUAGCCUAUCUGCGCCUUUCUGUCUCCAAAACAGCAUUCGAGUCUGAAGAGUGUUCUGUUAACAAAUAUGAUGGCAAAGAUGGGAUUAAGCAAAUGUACCCAAAACAGCA